AAUUAUGAAAUAUUUCUCAGACCUGUUUAUAUUUUCAAAAAGCUAGCUAGAUCUAUGAAUAUCCCAGUAGAUUCAAUGUCGGAUCUUGCAAGUACUUCCUCUGGUUCAGCAGAAGUAACCAACAUGGAAACUGAAUGUUCAGGUGAGCCUGUACAUACUCGUAAUGAUUUGAAAAACUUGGUCAAUACGUACAAUAAUAUUCACCAGGCUGUUGAAAUUAAACUUGGGCAUGUCAUUUAUCUUUGGAUGAAAAAUACAAAAAAAAUUGUUACAACUGUAAAAAUACUUGAAGAAAUUUUUAAAGAAAGACAACCUGAGAGUUUCAGCCAUAUCACUAAACAACUUUAUGUUUAUGUGAAACGUCCAUGUGACUCGUUUAAAAAAUUUAAAGUAACAAGGCACUGGUCUCAAAAUGUUGAAUUUCUGGAAAGACCAUUUAAUUUGCCACAAACUAGACCUAAACCGGUGGUGGUCCAAGAAGAAGUUCAAGUGAUGCAGCCAGAGCAAGAAGUUGUAGUUGAAGAAGGAACUAAGAAAUUAAAAACUGAUUGUUCAAAGUGUGCUCUAAAAAGAAAAUCUACAACUAUUUUGGUCAAGACAAAUAAAAUGUUAAAAAUGCAAGUCAAGGAAUUUAAAAUGGAACUAGAAACCAACAAAGUUUAUAAAAUUAAACACUUGAAUCAAAAAAUAAAAAGACUAACAGCACAACUAGAGCGACAGAAAAAAAUCAUUGCCCAAUUUAAAACAGCACAUAUAAAGCCUACAGCCCAAGUGACUGAAUCGUCCCCCACCCAAAGUUCCCCUUCAAACACCUCACCCUCCAAGUCCUCUUCUUCAAAAGUUUGUACACCAGCUGUUGUCAGUAUAGAUAGACAAAGGAAAUUGAAAAUCAAAAGCUUGAACCAGGCUAAAAGAAGAAACAUUGAGACCAUAAAUUUUUUGAAAGAGAAAUUGGAAGAAAAGAAUGGCAUUAUUUCACAGUUAAAGCAAAGAAUGAAACAAACCAACGAGAUGUACGAUUAUUUAUUGUUAGAACUUGAUGAGUGUCAGGCAGAUAUGAGAAACAAUAUGAAAGAAAAUAACAUUGAAGAAAGGAAUGUCAUAUAGUACUUUUGUAUGCUGUUUGAAAAACACAAACCUUCUGGUUCAUGUAUAUUUAUUUUUAAUUUUGUCUUCUUUAACUUCAAUGGCAUGUUAUUUUAUUAUCUUGUAUGUGUACAUAUGGGCAUAUA